AUGUGUGCUAUAGGAGGCAAUGCAGUAAUCCCGACGCGAACGGGGGCGGAUUUGCAGGACAUAUUCGCGCAUCAAUGGCCAGCCUCCAACAGGGGGCAAUAUCCCAAAGACGUACUGGUUCCCAGUCCACAGUAUACGCUACCGGGGCACAACGACAUUGAAACGGCAUUUUCAAAAGCCAGAAAUGACAACGAGCACGACCAACGGCUCGAGAACUGCGAUCCAUCCAGGCAGUUCAAAACCCACAGCGACCGUCUGGGCCAACACGUGUUAGUCCUGAUAUACAAGCACAUCCGAGCCAUAGGUCGCGGGACAGAUCUAACAAAAUCCAACAAAUGUCACCAUCAGGUGGAUCCCUAUACACGUUGGUAUGGGCGGUAA